AAUCCGAAACUCUCUGAUUGGCUGCGUCGGUGCGAACUGUUUUGUUGAUAAAUAACUUUGAUGGAUUGAUUAUUUUUCAAGAGGAUCCUCGAACUCUACACAUCCUGCAAACAAUAUCGGUAACGUUACGCUGAAGCUACAGAAUGUAAACAGGAAAACUGGUUUGGUGACUACAGCUGAGUUACUCGGAUACAAAAAGUUGUAACAUUUGUCAGCCUGCAUGUAAAACAGGCCUCUCGCUGCAUUAUAAUGACACGUUAUUCUGGCGUAUUAAAUGUGCGUAACGUUACUUCGGUCUAGGCGUUUACGACGGGCUGCAUUGUGCGUAGUGUGUAUGUGGUCAUGCACGCUGCUGUUGACUUUGCCCAGGGCUGGAGCUGUUUUGUAAGGUGCUGUCAGCCGAACUUGAAAAGUAAGGAAGAGGACGUCAAUAACACAUUGCAACAAUAUCAUUUCCCGAGACUGAGGAAUGACUGAGGUUUCAAAUAUUUACUCCACCUUUAAAGUGCAUUUUAGAAGCAAGAGAGGAGGUGGGGCUCCUGUACCCUAUUUAAACCUGCAUGUGUAAAACAUUAUCAGCAGCCUUGUUCAGACCAAACCAGACUUACUGAAUGCCCCAGGAUUUUGCUCAUCUCGUAGUUUCACACAAUUGCCAUGAGUCUUUCUCCACACCAGAGAGGAACCAUAAACAGUAUUAGCAAACAGAAUGUUGAAGCCAUUAGUGAAACAACGCAGCAUUCAGGGGAUCUCUUCUACAACGUGGGAGCUCCAUCUCUGGAGCAAACUCACAGCAGUCCAGAGGGUCUGGUGGAUUCUAGCCCUGAAGUCCAGGGCGUUUUCAAAACUGAUAAAGGAUAUCAGGUCCGGGGGCAUUUUCAGCAGUCAGGACCGGUGAAAUGGGUACAUCAGGACCCAGUGCAGACGUCAAGUUGGUUUCAAGGUCUCCCGAACAUGAAUAAAUGGUCACAGAACUUUGGGUCUUCUCUUGGUGUUAUGGAUGACCCAAGGGCCUUUAAUAAAAGUCACGAGAUGGAAGCUAUGAAAGAGAAGCUUUCACCAAGUUCUUCGCAGUCCUACACAGAGACCUCCCAAGUUCCUGGUGCGGACUGGGACCAUCACACCAUGGCAGCCAUGCAUCAUGCUCAGUUCCAGGCUGUUCAGCAAGGUCACCGACCUGCAGAUAUCCAAUAUCAGCCACAAGUCAUGCAUCAUGAAAUGCCCGACUCUACUUUGCAACCCUUCCAGUUGGCAUUUGGACCUACGAAGCAACAACAAGCACCUGGUUUCCAACAAGUUUUCCAAGGCAACAGUGCACCUUUAAAUAUGAAUUACCAUGAAAAGCCAAAAUCACAACAACAGCAACUAUUGCAGAUGCAGCAGCAGCAGUUGCAGCACCAGCGCCAGAUGCAACAGAUGCAACAAAUGCGGCAAUUGCAGCAGCAGCAGCAGCAGCACCAACAGCAUCAAAUACAGCAACAACGACUGCAUCAAUUGCAACAAUACCAGCGCCAGAAAAUGCAGCAACAGAUGCACCAGCAACUACAGCAACAGGCACAAGGGUUUCAACACCUAGAGUCUGUAGAAAAGCAGCGAGUUAAACCAGAUAUUGAGUCACAGGAUCCUGUCAACACUCAGGUGAAGACAGACUCGAGCCAGACUCAGCACACUGUCCCUCAGUCACAACACCCUGUUUCUCAAGGGUCAAAUUUCCAGGAAUCUUGCAAUCCUGCAGAAGCCAGUCCCGAUGCCCAGGACGACCAAAGAAAACGUCAGAUUUUUCCUCGCCGCUCUCGCCGACUCUCCAAAGAUGGAGUCUCCCCUCAAAGCAGCCAGACCCCCAAAGACAAGGUUUCUGCCCAGAAUGGAGGAGAUGACGGAGUCCAAGCACCUACAGUGGGGGUCAUCCAGAGCACUCAGAGAAGACGGAGGGCCUCAAAGGAGAUCAACCUUGAGACUCUUGCUCAGAAAGCCUCAGAGAUGGAAUUUUUGCCAGCAAAGCGAGAAGAUGUUAACUCGGGUAGACCAGCUGGUAUGGUGCCUCUAGUCAUCCCAGUCUCUGUUCCAGUUCGGAGAGGUCAAACCCAAAUGGAAGUGCCAGGCAGCUGGGCACAGCUAGAUAAUGUUCGGCAUACCUCAGGAAGUUCCCAGGCUGAUCGCAAACCCUCAGUUAUUGUUGCACGCCGGCACUCAUUGAAGAAUUCAGCAUCUGAGAACUUAAUCCAGGGUAAAGGGCAAGAUGACAAAUCAAAGCGUCGUCCGAGACCUGAGCCUCUGGUCAUUCCUCAACCAUGCACUUUCAUCGCCCCUUCUAUCUACUCUAGCAUCAGCGCCUACCAGAGUAACCUGCGUUCUCCAUUGCGUCUGCCGGACCCUGCCAGCAUGAUCCCGCCAUACACUCCUCCGCCCAUUCUAUCACCUGUGCGUGAAGGAUCGGGCCUGUACUUCUCUACUGUCCUCUCUUCUAUGGCAGCAGGCAGUCAAGUCCUGCCACCACCACCCACACCCCGCAGCACCUCGCGAAGCCUUCUGCGCUCAAGCAGUUCUGACAUCACCCCUCCUGCUCCUCCAGUGAUUGGAGAAGCAACUCCUGUCAGCCUUGAACCGCACAUAAACAUUGGCUCAAAGUACCAAGCAGAGAUUCCUGAACUCUUGGAUCGUUCAUUGGCCUUAAUGGACCAGCAUAAAGCCAUUUUAGUUUGGCUCCCUGAGUCUACUGCCUCCCAAGACACAAGAGUUGAUAAUCUGAUGAACCUGGUCUGUUCCAGUGUAAUGUAUGGAGGAGGAACAAACCCAGAGCUCGCACUGCACUGCCUGCAUGAGUGCAGAGGUGAUGUUAUGAAAGCUUUGGAACUGAUGAUGCUGAAGAAUCCCAUCUUCUCCAGGAACCACCAACUAGCCAAUUACCAUUAUGCAGGUUCAGACUGCUGGAGUGCAGAUGAAAAACGAUACUUCAACAAGGGAAUUUCUGCCUAUACAAAAGAUUUCUUCAUGGUGCAAAAACUGGUGAGGACUAAAACUGUGGCUCAGUGUGUGGAGUUCUACUACACCUAUAAGAAACAGGCGAGGGUUACUCGUAAUGGGACAUGUACAUAUGGACCUACAGAUCCAGAAGAAAGCAUCUCUGUGAUGAACGCAAGACAAGCAGAUAAAGAAAAUGACAGCAAACAACAGGAGGAAAUGCAAGACAGUGUGGAUGAAAGGCUACAUGAUGUGACCAAGACACUGCAGCACAAUGACAAUGAGAGGGCAGACGUGGCUCAGGAGGACCAGAAGAAAAGCUCUGUGGCAGCAGAAGAGUCUUCUGGUCUGGUGGUAGUGGUUCAACCCACCUUUAAAACCCCUUCAACGGCACUUCCAAAGCCCCACUCUUACAACAUCGGGAGGAAAACCAAGCCCUCAACUGUCAGCAAACCUCAGGGAGAACCAGAGGGGAUUUUUCCUUGCAAGAAGUGUAGCAGGGUGUUCUAUAAAGUGAAGAGCCGCAGUGCCCACAUGAAAAGUCAUGCAGAGCAGGAGAAGAAAGCAGCAGCUCAGCGCCAAAGAGAAGAAGAGGAGCAGGCAGCUAAAGCCAGACACGAAAUGAUACUGGUGGCGAGGAGGAAAGAAGCACAAGGCAGAGGUCAAGAGGAGAGCAGUGAAGCUGAGGACAGCUCAGCAGAGCCGGAUGACGAGCGGGAUGUGGACUGGCAAUGAGUAACGGGUGACUCCUUUAAUAGUCUUCUUUUGUACCAGUUGGUACCAAAAAUGUGUGACUUGUGCAUCUCAAUUGAGGGCAGUUGAGAUGUUUGAACCAAUCUAAAAUACCUUAGCCUUCUCAUUUUUACCAAAAUUUUAUAAGAAUUUGGUAUAUCCUUUGGUAUAUAUUUUUUAAAAGUGCAAAUAUAAUGGCAAUUUAGCACCAUUCAUGAUGAAUGAGAUUGAAACAUGAAACGUUCAGCUUAUUGUUGUGCUUUUCUAGACAUGUACAGUCUUUUUGUUUUGAUUUUGAUCAAAGCACCUGAACAAUUUUUGGAUUGUUUAUAUUUUUUACAUGUGUCAAUGUAAUAUAGAUAAUAUGCAAUCAAAAACAAACUAAAAUUCACUCCCAAACUUCCUAUGGAUAAUCUCCUGCGCAUGUGUAUAUAAUGCAUAAAAAUAUAAAUGUUGACUUCUGUGUUAUAUAUAUUGAUCCAAUUGUGUGUGGUUUUUCCGUGCUCUAAACUUAAAGGAAUGUAUAUUUAUGUUUUGAAUGCACUUAAAGGGGAGUGGAAUAUUAGGAUUAAGGGAUUUUUUUUAAAUAAAAGCUCACAUGUAAAUAUAAUCUGACGUUUAGCAAAUCACAACAAACAUAUUCAACAUAUUGAUCACAUUUUUUCACACUUGUUGACUCGUGAAGAUGCUUGAUAUUUGCCAUUUUUGUGUGCACAAUAAAAAAAAUUCCAGUUGAAA